AUGGGUGGCAUGACCGGCAUGGGCAUGCCGGGCAUGCCAUGCAUGCCAGGCAUGCCCUGCAUGCCAGGAAUGCCAGGCAUGCCUGGCAUGCCAGGCAUGCAAGGAAUGCCGGGAAUGCCGGGAAUGGGAUUCCCGUGCAUGGCGAUGAAUGCUGCAGGUCCGGGAGGAUGUGCAGGCACUCCGAACGGCACCACGCCUCUCUCCGGCGACAAGGGGUCCGGCGCCGUACCCAAGCCGAAAGGAGGGGAGAAAGCAGACCGUGACGUGCGACGGCUCGGCAGUCACUUCGGCAUCGACCAGCUGACGGUGGAGAGGCUAGAUGAGAUCAUGGAGAAGAGGCAAGAAACCAAGGAACGGGACCUCGCAAAGCUCUACGAGGUGCUGGAUGCGGCCAGAAAUCCUGGUGGCUUGCUGAUGGUCAAGAUGGAUGAAAUGGAACUGGGCGAAUUCGCUACGAACUUCAAGCGGGAUGAGAAGAUCGACAGGUUCGUCGAAGAGCAUUCCCUCAGCGAUGCUGCGAGGUGUCGGCUGGUCGAGCUGCGCGUUCGCAGAAAAGCGGAGCAGGACGAGGAUUUGCAGAAGCUGGCGCAGCAUCUCUGCAUCUGUGCCGACCGGUCCUUCACGGCCAUCUCCCUGGUGAAAAAGGUGGUGCAGGGCAGGAUCGACGAUUUCCCUGACAUGACGCGGGCCGCUGCGAUCGCCGAGCGGUUCCAGCUGGAUGAGGCCUCGCUGCGGAAGCUGCGCGACAUCGUGGAGAAGCGGGCUGAGGACCUCACCGCGGUGUUGGAUCACCUGGAGGAGGUUGGCGGCUUAGUGUUUCGGGUCUAG